GUUUGAUCCCAAAUCGAGAGAAACAGGAGAUAAAAACCGUUAGAAUAGUGAAACGGGAGUCAGAGAGGCGCCAGAGAGAUCGUGGGGAUAGAAAUAGUAACAUUGGAAUUCCUCUGACGAAUGGUCUCCAGGCGCCAGGUGGUGCUAAACGACUCGGUGAGGAUGACUUUGGCUCAGUGCAAUUUGAGAAAGCUCAACUUGGCAGAGUCGUGGAGGAAUCAGCACUCAUACACGCUCAGAGCACAGUGCAGCUUUCGGAACUGGAUGACGUUCAGUUCCAACGCAGUAUGUCACUUCCUCGAGGAUUUGGAGGCCAGAGGCCACAGCCGGGUGUCCACAAUGGUCCUGUUCCACCACCUCCGAGGAGUGAUAGUAUGAAUGCACUGAGGAAUAUGAUGGCUAGAAGACAUCGUGUGAGGUUUGAGAAUCCAGAGGGAAGUUCAGACAGCACGCUAUCACCCCACACAGAGAGUCCAACAUCGAGUUCACAUUUGCCAAUGAGUUCACCGAAUUACUCGAGCCCCUCGUACAGUCCCAGUCACCAAAACUAUUCAUCAGCCUACCCGAGGAUGACAAAUGCUCUGAGUGUGCCCUACAUAACAUACCCAACUGGUUCAGUCUCCUCUGGAAGGACCGAUAGCGUAGGCAGUCCGAUCUGUCCAAUGAGUCCAACAUUAACGUCACCAGUGCCCGUCCUCUCUGCUCAAGAGAAACUCUCGGGCUCUGCAGUGAGUAUCAACAGUGUCAACGAGUCUCCACAAUUGUCUCCAGUAUUCAAGAGUGAGGCUGCCAAGCAGAUUAUCAAAGAAAUGACGGAAAAGAGAUCCGAUGGGCCCAGAAGGCGUCAAGUGCCUAAGGAAAAGAGACGACACUACACUGUCUCCAGUAGUAAACCCAUGCUCGACCUUGAAGACACGUUUUCCAAGAUGGGUAUGGGGAGAGCUAGAGAUGAUUUGGAUAUGGAGAGGGCUCUACGACCCAGAAUCAACGCCCCUGAUGUUGUGAGGUCUACUCUGAGUCAUAAGGAACUCAAGUAUAAUGAGAGUACUAUUGAUCAACUCCUAGGAACGCCAAAUAAAAUAUUUAUUCCUGAGAGAUAUAUUCCUGAACAGACUCCAGAAUUAUCAGCUGAGGAGAAAAAGCAGAGAUUAAAAAAAGCUGAUGCCAUAAGGAAAAUGUUGUCUGAGACGACGGUAACUACACCAGAAGGAGAUGAUGAAAAUGUUGACAUCGAAAAAUCCAAUACUUUGAAAAAGAAAGUAGCCGAGGAGAAGCGGCAAAGGGACCACAUUCUUCAACUCAAUCAGAUCUUAGCGAAGCAAGUGAUGGAGAAGAGUAAAAUGGUGGCUGGUAUGAGGCUAAAAGAUUAAAUUAUCCAAAAACAGCAAUUUGAAAAAGAAAGUGCAUGAUUCGUGUUGUAUCAAGUCUCCCAAGAGUGCCAGCAUGAGGGACCGAGUGUCUGAAAACCGAAGAAAAAUAUUAUUUAUUUAUUUCAUCACAUUCUCUUCCAUUGUCUUUAUAUUGUGGCAUUCCUGUGUUUUUCUCUUCCUUAUAAAAGCUAUCAGAAUUUCGUGUAGAAA